CGGGGCCCCGGCGUCUCCGGGGCUGCCGCAAGGCCCGAGCGCUCCCACAGCGCCGCGUCCCCCGCCCUGCGCCGCUAGCGGGGCCGGGGCCAGAGCCGGAGGCGGCGCCUGCUCCACAGAGCAGGCGGAAGGAAAGCACCGGCCGCAGCCCGAGGCGAGCUGGGGCACUGCCGGGCCGAACUCCGCGGACCCGCCGUGUAGGCGGGCCCAGCGUCAGGAGGUCAACGGUGCAGCUGGGGCCAGGCGCCGGGGGGCCCGUUGUGAACCCGGAGCGGGGCGCUGGAGAUCCCCCGCUGCUGCUGCUGCGACCGGGCCCCGGGCGUGCGGGGGAGCCGGGCCGCUGCCGGUGCCGCCCCGCGCGGCGCAGCCAAUGGUGGUCGGCGGGGCGGGCUGCACCGCGCCGGGCUGCGUUGUGCAACGCGCCGCGCUUUGAAGGCAACCAUCGGCCCCUCGGAGGCAAGGCUCCGUCGGCAUCUGUCACGGCAGGGCGGCCGGCGGGCAGCCGGGGCUCCCGGCGACCCCGAUGAGGUCCCGGCGGGGCCGGCCUUCCCGCUGGGCAUGAGCCGCUCCCGUUAGGACCGGCGCGAAGCGGCGCCUCGGCGGGGCAGGAUGACCCACAUGCUGCAUGCGGCGGCCCGGCGGAUGCAAUGGAGCAGAGCGAGCGCUGGGAAGAGGGCUGCCUGCCUGCUGGCUGCGGCGUACGGCCUCAGAAUCCUCUACCCCAUCAUCCGCAGGCGCAUGCAGCGGGCGGGCGGCAAGGACGGCUCGCGGGGUGCCGGCCGGGCUGAGAGGGGCCAGGAGGCGCCGCACAGCGCAGACAGCCCCCAGGGCAGAGCCUCCCCGGCAGUCAACGCGGAAUUUUUCAAGCAGCUGAUGGAACUUCGCAAGCUGUUCUUCCCAAAGCUGGUGAGCGCCGAGCUGGGCUUGCUCUGCCUCCACUCGGUCGCUCUGGUUUCCAGGACCUUCCUCUCCAUCUAUGUGGCCGCCCUCGAUGGCAAGAUUGUGAAAAGCAUCGUGGAGAAAAAGCCCAAGAGCUUUGUCUUCAAAUUAAUCAAAUGGCUGAUGAUUGCAAUCCCGGCCACUUUCGUGAACAGCACCAUAAGGUACCUGGAGUGCAAGCUGGCCCUCGCCUUCCGCACACGCCUCGUGGAUCACGCCUAUGAGACCUAUUUUGCCAACCAGACUUACUACCGAGUGAUCAGCAUGGACGGGCGGCUGGCCAACCCUGACCAGUCCCUCACCGAGGACAUCAUGAUGUUCUCACAGUCCGUGGCACAUCUCUACUCCAACCUCACCAAGCCAAUCCUGGACGUUAUGCUGACCUCCUACACCCUCAUCCGUACGGCACGGUCCCGGGGGGCUAACCCCAUCGGGCCCACGGUCCUGGCUGGGCUUGUCGUCUACGCUACAGCCCGCGUGCUCAAAGCCUGCUCGCCCAAGUUUGGAAAGCUGGUGGCCGAGGAGGCUCACAAGAAGGGCUAUCUGCGCUUCAUGCAUUCACGCAUCAUUGCCAACGUGGAAGAGAUCGCUUUUUACCGAGGGCAUAAGGUAGAAAUGAAACAACUGCAAAAAAGCUAUAAGGCUUUGGCAGAUCAAAUGAAUCUCAUUUUGUCUAAACGUCUGUGGUACAUCAUGAUAGAGCAGUUCCUGAUGAAGUAUGUCUGGAGUAGCUGUGGUAUGAUUAUGGUCGCUGUGCCCAUCAUCACCGCAACAGGAUUUGCAGAUGGCGAAUUGGAAGAUGGCCAGAAACAGGCAAUGGUUAGUGAAAGAACAGAAGCUUUUACUACAUCACGAAACUUGCUGAUCUCUGGAGCAGAUGCUAUUGAAAGGAUUAUGUCUUCAUACAAAGAGGUUACUGAGCUUGCAGGCUACACUGCCCGUGUCUACAACAUGUUUUCAGUCUUUGAUGAGGUGAAGAGAGGCAUCUACAAAAGAACUGCUGUUAUUCAAGGGUCUGAAAACAACAGCAAGAAUGAAGAUAAAGCAGAAUUGCACACCGAUGGGCCCUUAGAAAUCAAAGGGAAAGUUAUUGAUGUUGAACAUGGAAUUAUUUGUGAAAAUGUUCCUAUUAUUACUCCGAAUGGCGAUGUGGUGGUUUCCAGACUAAACUUCAAAGUGCAGGAGGGGAUGAAUCUUUUAAUCACGGGACCCAAUGGCUGUGGAAAGAGUUCGCUCUUCCGGAUUCUGAGUGGUUUGUGGCCUGUGUAUGAAGGAGUUCUCUACAAACCCCCUCCGCAGCACAUGUUUUAUAUACCACAAAGGCCCUACAUGUCCAUUGGAACGCUAAGAGAUCAAGUCAUCUAUCCAGACUCAGUGGAUGACAUGCAUGAGAAAGGCUACCAAGAUCAAGAUCUGGAGUGUAUUCUGCACAUGGUUCACCUGUACCACAUAGUUCAACGAGAAGGAGGCUGGGAUGCCAUCAUGGAUUGGAAAGAUGUCUUAUCAGGAGGAGAAAAACAAAGGAUGGGAAUGGCUCGGAUGUUUUACCAUAAGCCGAAGUACGCGUUGCUGGAUGAAUGCACAAGUGCUGUAAGCAUUGAUGUUGAAGGAAAGAUAUUCCAAGCUGCAAAAGCUGCUGGGAUAUCCCUGCUUUCUAUAACACACAGACCUUCUCUUUGGAAGUACCACAGUCACUUGCUGCAGUUUGACGGGCAGGGUGGCUGGCGCUUCGAGCAGUUGGACACCGCCAUCCGUUUGUCACUGAGCGAGGAGAAACAGAGACUGGAAUCCCAGCUCGCAGGAAUUCCCAAAAUGCAGCAGAGACUGAAUGAACUGUGUAAAAUCUUGGGAGAAGACUCAGUGCUUAAAACAAUGGACAAAGAGGAAUAAAUAAUUUAUGGUUUAUGUUUUUAAAAGUAUUUUUUUAGUUAAAAGCAUUACAGAUUCAGCCAUUAUCCUUUGCAUGCAUUGUGAUAGAGGCUUAGAGCAUAGAGAAACACAGCCAGCAGAAAAUAAUGCUCUGAAUGCUAUGUAAGACUUGAGCAUUUUAGUCUUAAGGAAGGAAGCGAUUGAACUGUGAAAAGAAAAUCUGCAAGUGCACAGAGUAUAAGAUUAGUCGUUGCAGCUUAUGUUAAUUCCUCGUGAAAGCCCAAGUCACUGCAAAAGAACAACCAGCACUCUUAGGUUUUGUAGGUGAAUUUUUGCCUGAGACUUGGCCUGCAGAAUGUGCUCUUGUACCAGGUGACUGUGUGCGUAUGAUGUGCCUGCUACGCAGAGCAAACCCGGCGUGAAACUCAGGCAUGGAGCACGGCAGGGGCAGCAUCUGGGUGAGUAUGCAGAUGCAUGCAAAGAUCUCUUCUGGGUAUAAGAAACAUUCUUUCAGCCCAUGUGAAACUAGAAUCCUGUUGUACUACUGAGUGGCAUACACAGCUCUACCUGCAUUUCCAUAGGAAGUAACACGGUAAGCUGAGCAGAGACAACUGUCUGAGGGGUCCGCUGCCCUCGUGACAGAGAAGCAGGGGCAGAGCUAAAUAUGUGAAAGGCUUGUGCUGUGCUUUAUGGCAUUACAUAUAGCUUCAGAGGCUCUUUGCCCUUCGUGAUACAUCAGUUCUUUUGGGGGAUUAUUUAUGUCCCCUAUUCAGUAACCUCUGGUGAGGGGAUGAACUGUUGUGUCUGGCAUCAAGGGAUUUAGUUUUCACUUGACUAAGUCAUUGCUCUGCUCCGUGGGUCAGAUCCAGCCGGCGUUCAGUUCUGACCCAGUUCCUCACUGGUAAAAUCACAAUAAAGACACUUGUUUGUUCCAUGA